UCACGCAGGGCCACGUCUGCGGGUUCCGAGAGCUUCAGUCAGGUUGGAGGCGCCGCGCGGGGAAGCGGCUGGGCUAAGUGGAGGUGAGGGGGCGUCUCCAGGCAGAGUUUUGUAGACAUGGAUUUACAUGCGAUUGCAGAAUACUCCGCAUUACACGCCAAGCCCAGUGGACUCAUUCUUCAAUAUGGGACUGCUGGCUUUCGAACGAAAGCAGAACAUCUUGAUCAUGUCAUGUUUCGCAUGGGAUUAUUAGCUGUCCUGAGGUCAAAACAGACAAAAUCUACGAUAGGAGUCAUGGUAACAGCAUCACAUAAUCCUGAGGAAGACAAUGGGGUAAAGUUGGUUGAUCCUUUGGGUGAAAUGUUGGCACCAUCCUGGGAGGAACAUGCUACCUGUUUGGCAAAUGCUGAGGAACAAGAUAUGCCAAGAGUGUUGAUGGACAUCAGUGUGAAAGCAGCUGUGAAUCUGCAACAAGAUGCCUUUGUAGUGAUUGGCAGAGAUACCAGGCCCUCCAGUGAGAAACUUUCACAGUCUGUAAUAGAUGGCGUGACUGUUUUAGAAGGUCAAUUCCAUGAUUAUGGCUUGGUAACAACACCCCAGCUACACUACAUGGUGUACUGUCGCAAUACCAGUGGCCAAUAUGGGGAGGCAACUGUCGAAGGUUACUACCAGAAACUCUCUAAGGCCUUUAUGGAACUUACCAAACAGGCUUUGUGCAGCGAAGAUGAAUAUAGAUCACUUAAGGUCGACUGUGCAAAUGGCAUAGGGGCCCUGAAGCUGAAAGAAAUGGAACACUACAUUUCCCAGGGGCUGUCAGUUCAGCUCUUCAAUGAUGGCACCAAAGGGAAACUCAAUCACUUAUGUGGGGCUGACUUUGUCAAAAGCCAUCAGAAACCUCCACAGGGAAUGGAAAUGAAGUCUAAUGAAAGAUGCUGUUCUUUUGAUGGAGAUGCAGACAGAAUUGUUUACUACUACCUCGAUGUAGAUGGUCACUUUCAUCUCAUAGAUGGAGACAAGAUAGCAACACUGAUUAGCAGUUUCCUUAAAGAGCUCCUGUUGGAGAUUGGAGAAAGUUUGAAUAUUGGUGUUGUACAAACUGCGUAUGCAAAUGGAAGUUCAACACGGUAUCUUGAAGAAGUUAUGAAGGUACCUGUCUGUUGCACUAAAACUGGUGUCAAACAUUUGCACCACAAGGCUCAAGAGUUUGACAUUGGAGUUUAUUUUGAAGCAAAUGGGCAUGGCACAGUACUGUUUAGUAAAGCUGCCGAAACAAAGAUAAGACAACUAGCAAAAGAAUUAGAAGAUGAGAAAAGGAAAGCUGCUGCUAAGAUGCUUGAAAACGUUAUUGACUUGUUUAACCAGACGGCUGGUGAUGCUAUUUCUGACAUGCUGGUGAUUGAGGCAAUCUUGACUCUGAAGGACUUGACUAUACAACAGUGGGAUGCUCUUUAUACGGAUCUUCCAAACAGACAGCUCAAAGUUAAGGUUGCAGACAGGCAAGUUAUUAGCACCACUGAUGCUGAAAGACGAGUAGUUACACCUUCAGGACUACAGGAGGCAAUCAAUGACCUGGUGAAGAAGUACAAGCUUUCCCGCGCUUUUGUCCGGCCUUCUGGUACAGAAGAUAUAGUCCGAGUAUAUGCAGAAGCAGACUCGCAGGAAAAUGCGGAUAGCCUUGCACGUGCAGUGAGCUUGGCAGUAUUUGAGCUGGCUGGAGGAGUUGGAGAAACACCCUAACCAGGUUUCUGAAGAUAAUUUUUGUAUUCAUGACAAACUCGAUUUUUAAAAAGUUUUUACAAAAUAAUAGUACUGCCAUUAUUGUGACAGGUUGAGACACAUUUGUAAUCAUGUUUACGAUGCACUUUACUAGACUGUUCCUAGAUCUGAUUUUCUUAAACACUACCACAGUUAUUUAGAAAUAGACUGAGACUUAAAUCGAAUUUCAGUUUCACUAAUGUAAAGUGCUGGGGGCUUGAUCAAUGACUUUAUAAUUCAUGAAGGCUGCUGGAAAAUUAAACCUUAUUACCAACUC